GGAAGACUGGUGAAUUGCGUGUAGGGCGUUUCCUUCGUGCUGUGACUGCCCAUGGGGGCAAAACAAAUGCGGUGUUGUUUGCUGUACUCCAUCGCUUCUGUUACCAUUAUGGGCCAGUGGGCACGAAGCUUUGCAAGCAAGCGGAUGAAAUGCGUGUACCGUGGUCACGAGAGAGAACGUAGACCGAACGUGAACGCGGAUCAUUCGACAUCCCCAGUCCCGGCGUUGCGAGUGCCUGAGACAAGUCCUCCGAACAACGAAUGCGUUUGGUCGUACAUGCGUAUGCAUAUGCUGUAACACCAAGACUGAAAGUCGAAUACUUUUGCGACCCUACCCAACUUUGAGCCCAUCAAAGACGACAGCAAGUGGACGGCCGUCAGGCGUUUUACGCUAUGGUAGCAGCAGCGAGCUCUGCGGCCGGGCCCGAGAUCCGUCGCAGCGCGUUGACCCCGUGGGGUAGUCCUGAGAAGAAACACUGGGUUUCUUGAGAGAUGAUGGCCGGUUAUAUGCAGUCCUAGGGUCUCCUGGUAAAGAUGGCGCUCUGUCGAGUACAACGGUUCGUCGAGUCGGGAGAUGGACCAGUUCUAUUGGAUGAUGACGUCGGUGCAUCGUUGCUGAUAAGCUGGAGCGAGCCCGAAGCG